UACAACACUUCAAACCAUAAUUAUGGAUAAACUAACACAGCUAAAAUCUAAACAUAAUAUCAAUCUUUUCAAUACUAACCAAUUUAUUCAGAAUUUUAUUAGUAUUCAUAUUGUUAAACAACUACCACUAGGGGUCAUUACUGAAGAAAUACUAGCAGGCAUCAUAUAUAUGUUAGGGCAAUGUUUUAGAGUAAUGUUUAAGUGA